AUGUUCUACAAAGGCCGGGAUAAGUCAAAAUGGUGUGAAUUUCACAGGGAUUAUGGUCAUAUAACUGAAGACUGCAAAGACCUAAAGGACCGGAUCGAAGACCUCAUUAGAAGAGGAUACUUCACCCAGUACCAAGCAAGGGUUGACCGAAAAUCUCCAUCCCGAGAGGAUGAAAACGGCAAUAGAAGGCCAGUCAAAGACAGGAUCACUGAAAUCCAAGUCAUCUCGGGUGGACCGACAAGAGGAGGAAGCAUACAUGGUGCCAAAGCCAGCUUGAAAGAAGUCAGGCACCAAGUAAACUACAACACGGCAGGGAAGUGGCCAGCACCUCCAGCCAUGCCAUCUAUGGUUUUUACGAAGGAGGAUGUCAGGGGAAUUGUCUAUCCCCAUGACGACCCCCUGGUAGUAUCUCUGCAGAAAUCAACCGCAAUGGUCCAUCGCGUGCUGGUGGAUGGGGGAAGUUCUCCCAAUAUAAUGUAUAAAGAGACGUUCGAAAAAAUGGGCUUUGACACUGCAUGUCUGAAGCCGGUCUCGUACCCAGUUAUCGGUUUCACAGAGGCCUCUGUAGUUCCAGAAGGAACCAUCAAGCUGUCGUAA